GAGGGUCGACACAUCCGCCCAGUUUUCCGAUGUUUCAUUCCCCCCGAGUUGAAAAUGGAGUUCGAUUAAAGCAGAUGUCCACCAACUUCUCAAGGAAAUUUCAAGUCUGGGUGUUUUUACUUCACGCACCAGUAUUCAUAUUGAAGACGGUUGAACCCUUUGUUGGCUUUGGAUGCCUUUACUGCACAUUACUCGGACACGUUGACGGAGCAACGCCGCACAGCGCUUUUUCAAGUGUUGUCCUGGACCUGAAGUUGGCGAAUGGAUGCUCGACAGCCAGCCAUAAAUAACCUGCCAAACGAUACACUCUACAACAAUUUCUGCAUUUUUUGAGGAUCUGUACGCAUUCUUGCAAAGCGGGGAUCUGCGUUUGGUGAAGAGGAUGGUGCCGAUGGCCCAUUUGUUGUGGUCGGAUUUUACUUCCAAGGAGGAUAAAAUGAAUCAACGGUUGUCAUUCCUCCUCUCGAUUUAACGUUAGUUCCAGCCAGCAGAGCUAACGUUAAGCUAGCUUCACUUGGUAUUCACAGGGACGCUUAGUUAGGCAUGCCCCAUUGUACAUCGUUUACUUACUAUCCAAAAUAGGGGUGAUUUCUAUAUGUGAAGGAAAAUGGUGAUAUUUGUGGUAUUUUAUCCCGCCAUCACUGCGUCGUCGAUGCUAUUGCUAGGAUUUGGAUCCCCGUGAGGAAAAAAAUGAGUGAAGAUUCAACAAAUCCAAACAACGAUGACAGUUAUGCGCGUGUGAGAGCAGUGGUCAUGACUCGGGAUGACUCCAGCGGUGGGUGGCUUCCCCUGGGGGGUGGAGGCCUUAGCUGUGUCACUGUCUAUAAGGUUAGCCGGGCGGAGGACAGCAGCAGCACCCACAGUGGAGGCAGCGGAGGAAGCAGCAGCAACCUCAGCCCCUGUAGCACCAGUCCUAGUCCCAGUCCCAGCCCCAGUCCCAGCCCCACUGCUGUGGAGUUCCACAUCAAGGGCGAGAGGCUCAAAGACAAACUGGUGGUCCUGGAGUGUGUCCUACAGAAAGGCCUUGUAUACAACAAGGUCAACCCCAUCUUCCACCACUGGAGAAUCAAUGACAAGAAGUUUGGACUGACUUUCCAGAGCCCCGCUGACGCCCGUGCUUUUGACCGGGGCAUACGCCGGGCCAUUGAGGACAUCAACCAGGGUUGUCGGUCGUUUGGGGAAGGGGAUACUCCCGAGGAUGGACUACCGGUGUGUGAUGAGCCUCCCUCCAUCUGUACCCCAAUGAAAGAGCCAUUCUCUCCCCUGAACAACGUCGUCUCCACCGAGCCUUUCAGGGGCUGCUACGUCCGCGCCCAGCCCUUCGACGAGUUCCCCUCCAGCAACCGCCGCUACCUGCCUCCACAGGUCUCCUUUAAGUCGACUCGUCAUGUCAGUUUUCACAUGGAUGAAGAGGAGAUUGUUCGCAUCAACCCACGCAAAGACGUGCUCAUCCGCCGCUACGAGGACUACCGCCACCCUGUCAUGUGGAAACAGGAGGCUGACCACGAGGACCCGGACUUCCCCACUGCCUUCCACAAACUGGACAGUAAGAAGUGCGAGUACCUCUUCCCCGAUGGCCCCGGUGGGGACUCCCACUCUGGCCCUGGUAUGGGAAUUGGAACAGGUAUGGGGCUGGGUAUGGGCAAGGACACAGCCAUCAAGACUCAGCCCUCGCCCCUGCUUAAGUCCAAGAAGGGCCGACGGCGACGAGAGGACGGUGAGCGAUCACGCUGCAUCUACUGUCGGGAGAUGUUCAACCAUGAAGACAACUGGCGGGGGCAGUGCCAAGACGCCCCCGACCCGAUCAAGCAGUGCAUCUACAAAGUCAGCUGCAUGCUGUGCGCCGAGAGCAUGCUGUACCACUGCAUGUCCGACUCCGAGGGCGACUUCUCAGACCCCUGCUCAUGUGACACAUCUGACGAGCAGUUCUGCCUACGCUGGCUGGCCCUAGUGGCGCUGUCCUUCAUCGCGCCCUGUAUGUGCUGCUACCUGCCCCUGCGCGCCUGCCACCACUGUGGCGAGGCCUGCCGCUGCUGUGGGGGCAAGCACAAGGCCGCAGGGUGACCCGACGCCGGACUCUGGGACACCCUCAAAGCUAGCUAACACAGGAAGUGGAUAAAAGCGGAAAAUUAAAAGCCGGCAUCCUUUUUUCAUUCCCCUCUCAGACGGGGUGAUAUGUUGUUGAUCCCCAGCUCUGAGGGCUUUUGGAGAUUUCAGUUUGUGUUUGUCGCCGACAAGCAGCAGUGGAGGACAAACCAUAUGCUUUGUGGGGGCUCUGAGCAUCAAGCUAAGUUCAGGAGCUUAAUCUGAGGAAAAGAGGAGGAGGAAACGUCCAGAUUAAUAGACUUGGAGAUGUUACUAAACAUACCUGUACACACGCACGCACGCACGCACACACACACCUCGCACAUUCACACUAAUGCAUUGACAAAGCCAGGCCACAAAUGUCAGAACUCUACUACAAGUAAUGUGUAACUCUAUGAAGGAAAAUUGUCUUUUGUACAGAGAGCGACAACAUAAUGACAAAAAAGAAAACAAAACUAUUCUGCGUUCAGAAAAAUACUUGCUGUUUGAGUAUGCUAAAAGGGAUAUGUUCUUGCUUUUUUGUGAAUUUGCAGUUGGGUAACAGUGGCCUUUCCUUCACGGCUUAAGCAUUUGCUGACAAUGUAAUUACUAGACAGAGAAAAGUGCACUAGAAAUGGUAUUCCCCCCGCCGAGUAAAGGUAACCCUCUCAAACUCUUGUGGUACAUUAACCACAGUAUUUAGUGUAACUUUAACAUUUGAGAGAUGUUGCUGUGGUGGUUGUAUGGCCAAUUGAUUUCCUUGUUUUCCUUUCCGUGGAAUGUUUAAAAAAAAGAUCAAAAUAACAACUUGUUUCUGAAGGUACAGCUUGGCAUAGCUUUUGACAUUCAUUUCGAAGAUGUUCCAAUGAUAACCUUGCCUUCCCGAGGUGAUUUAGAACAUUUGAUUGCAUUCCAAAAUAAAGGGAUUGAUUCCAUGAUUAGAAGGGAAAAAAUGGUAAUGACUUCACCAUGCAGAGUUCCCCAAAAUAGGUUUUCCACAUCACAAAAAUAGCAUUAGAACCUCUUGAACCAUUUAAAUUGAAACCGAUACAUGACAAUUUCGUUUACUCCAGUGAAUCUCACUUUUAGUACAGUUAUUUACUGCUGUAGUGGAAUUGUUGUUUUGUUUCCUCAUUGUUAUUUUCCUACUCAUUUUAUAAUUAUUUUUGAAACAAAGGCUGAAAUGUUGCUCAACCAGCAAGUUUUGUUUUGGUGAGUACAGGUGUUACAGUGCUCCUUGGUUAAAUGAUAAGGCACUUAAAUUAGGCUAUUCUUUGAUUGAGAAACCCUCAGAUUUUGGAAUUAGUCUGUACAUAAAUUUUACUUAUUUAACCUCCAAUUUGGCCUGGGCGAAACCCUCCUGAAAGCACUGCUUUCCAAGCUUUGGUUGCAGCCCCCUCUUCACAUUUCCAUGUGUGUCCCGUGAAAUUGCUUUAUCCUUUGCUUUCUUUUAUUUCCCCCCCAUAUCUUGUGUAAAUGUAGUAUUUUUAUUUGUUCUUUGAAAGUUAGUAAACUCCUUCCCAUGUGUCUUCAUUUAACACGCCUUGAAUGAAUGAAAGCAUUGUUUUCAGGAAAAAAAAAAAAAAAAACA